AAAAUUGAAAAUUAGGAAUGAGAGAGGGUCUACGCAACGAAGGCCAAUUCGAAAGGAAUAUCGAUGCACUUUCUAUUCUCUUUUUCCUAGCUCCAAUUCGUUUCCUGCUCUGCAAUAAUCUCCAUUGUUAACGACUUCUCGAGCUCCAAAACCAUAACAGAGGAAAGGCCGAGGAAGAAGAGGUGCGGCCAUGAUUACGAGAUCGAAUCUAGCAGAGCAGUUGAGAGAGUAUCAGAUUCGAUCCAAGCACGAUUGGGCCUCCGUCUCGUUUUUCUCUUCGACUUCCAGUAUCGCUUCUUCUAGGGUGGAUGUUGUCAUCUUCGUAAUAUGGGAACUUGUCAUUCUAGCUUUCCUGGUUUUCUCAGCGGUUUCAUUAUAUUUUAGGCAUAUGCAACUUGCUUUUAUCUUAGUAUGCAUGACAAUGCUAUUGCUUUUAUGCAUGAAAAUUACAAAGCAAGUGAGAUUGGCUAGAAAGAAGAAGCGGCGAAUGCUUCUUCCAUUAUCUAUGUAGAACUACAUGAAGAUCAAAUCAUUUUUCUUUCUAAAUGAUCAACUUUGCCAUGUAAAUUGUGGAAAAUAGUGGUCAUUUGGUCUUUUCACGCUCUUUGGUGUAUUGGAAUAUUUAAUUUCAUCUAAAGCAAGUUGACUGAGUAAUCUGUUUGAUUACCCCCAAAAUUGAUGAUUCAAGAUUAGAUGUCAGAUGUUAUAAAUUGAAACAAGAGCAGUUAGUUGCAGGUGUGAUGUCGGUCUUUAUCCCGUUUUGCUGUAUACUAAACUUGAAGAUAAUGUAUGACAAUAUGCAUAAU